AUAAAAGGAAUCUAUCUAAUUUUGUCUAAUAUUAACGCACAUUCUGUGUGAAGUAAUGUAAUUAAUUCAAGUAACGUAGAUAUAGCUAAGUAAUUAUACUUUUUUAUCAGUAAUUUUGAUACAAUUAACUUAUCCAUUUAGAAAGAAAACAUAACCUUAAACAAUGCCUACUUGGAAUCAAAUUCAAUCUCAACUACGGAAUCCUAAUAACCCUGUGGUGUUUUUUGAUAUCACAGUGGGGACGACAGAAAUAGGACGCAUGAUCUUCGAAUUGUUUGCUGAUGUAGUGCCAAAAACGAGUGAAAACUUUAGAGAAUUUUGCACUGGAGAAUACAGGAGGGAUGGUGUCCCCCUAGGUUAUAAGGGAGCUACAUUCCACAGAGUUAUUAAAGAUUUUAUGAUCCAAGGGGGUGAUUUUGUGAAUGGUGAUGGUACAGGAGUUAUGAGUAUCUACGGAGGGAGUACUUUUGCAGAUGAAAACUUUGUCCUCAAACAUGAUUCACCUGGCUUACUUUCUAUGGCCAACAGUGGAAAAGAUACAAACGGAUGUCAGUUCUUCAUAACCUGUGCAAAGUGUAACUUUUUAGACAAUAAACAUGUUGUUUUUGGAAGAGUGAUAGAUGGACUACUUGUAAUGAGAAAGAUAGAAAAUGUACCAACGGGACCAAAUAACAAACCUAAGAUACCUGUUACAAUAUCUCAAUGUGGUCAAAUGUAAAUAAAACAAUUUUUCACAGUUUGUGUAAUCUAUUUUAUGUAUUAAACAACUUCAGGAUAAAAUAUGCUAUUUUCCCAAUAAAUUAUUAUUUACAAUGUCAUCAAGUUAUCACAAAAAAUACUUUUUUAUGUUAC